CUAGCACUAGCAGCAGUAGCAGCAGCAGCAGGAACAUGAGCAGUACAGAUACGGCACCCCCAGGGAACUCCCCUCCCAAACAGGACGCCCCCUCGGAGACCACCAGCCUGGUGAGGGCACCGACGGGAGGAAAGCAGGUGACGUUCCAGCUGAUGCUGGCCGUGGGGACGGCUGUCAUUGGCUCCUUGCAGUUUGGUUACAAUACUGGAGUCAUCAAUGCCCCUCAGAAGAUCAUUGAGAGUUUCCUCAAUGACACGUACAUCGGCAGGUACACAGUGGCCAUCCCCACAACCACCCUCACCACCCUCUGGUCCGUAUCGGUGGCCAUCUUCUCCGUCGGCGGCAUCGUGGGUUCCUUCUCCGUGGGACUGUUCGUCAACCGCCUGGGCAGGAGGAACUCGAUGCUCAUUGCCAACAUCCUGGCCUUCGUCUCUGCUGCCUUCAUGGGCUUCUCCAAGCUGGCCGCCUCGUGGGAGAUGCUCAUCAUCGGCCGCUUCAUCGUGGGGCUCUACUCUGGCCUCUCCACGGGCUUCGUGCCCAUGUACGUGGGCGAGAUCGCCCCCACUGACCUCCGGGGGGCGCUGGGCACACUGCAUCAGCUCGGCGUUGUCAUUGGCAUCCUCGUGGCACAGAUCUUUGGGAUUGAGUCCAUCCUGGGCAAUGCCACGCUAUGGCCCUUCCUGCUGAGCUUCACCUUCAUCCCCGCCCUGCUGCAGUGCAUGCUGCUGCCCUUCUGCCCCGAGAGCCCGCGCUUCCUGCUCAUCAACCAGAACGAGGAGGGCAAGGCCCAGGACGUUCUGCGUAAGCUGCGAGGGACGGACGAUGUGAACACAGACAUGCAGGAGAUGCGUGAGGAAAGCAGGCAGAUGAUGCGGGAGAAGAAGGUGACCAUCCUGGAGCUGUUUCGCUCGCCGCUCUACCGCCAGCCACUCCUCAUCGCCGUCAUGCUCCAGCUCUCACAGCAGCUGUCCGGGAUCAACGCUGUGUUCUACUACUCCACAGCCAUCUUUGAGAAGGCAGGAGUGAAGCAGCCAGUCUAUGCCACCAUCGGUGCUGGGGUGGUGAACACAGCCUUUACUGUGGUUUCGCUGUUUGUGGUGGAGCGUGCCGGCCGCAGGACGCUGCACCUGACCGGCCUGAUGGGGAUGGCCGUGUCCGCCGUGCUCAUGACCGUCGCCAUGGCGCUGCUGGAGAAACUAAAGUGGAUGUCGUAUGUCAGUAUCAUCGCCAUCUUUGCCUUCGUGGCGUUCUUUGAGAUCGGGCCCGGUCCCAUCCCCUGGUUCAUCGUGGCCGAGCUCUUCAGCCAGGGCCCCCGCCCGUCAGCCUUUGCUGUGGCCGGCUUCUCCAACUGGUCAGCUAACUUCAUUGUGGGCAUGUGCUUCCAGUAUGUAGCGAACCUUUGUGGGCCGUACGUCUUCAUCAUCUUCACUGUGCUGCUCCUCGGCUUCUUCGUCUUCACCUACUUCAAGGUGCCUGAGACCAAGGGCCGCACCUUCGACGAGAUCGCCGCCGGCUUCGCCAGUCGUCCGGCCGCGACAAGUAUGGCGCCGAAGACUUCAACAGCCUGGGCGCUGACUCCCAGUUCUGAGGGCGCACCUCAAGGUGGGGUUUGGGAGGUGUUUGGGGUGGGUGGCUGGUCGGUGGUAUUUCUGCUGCCAUCGCUAAACACCUGAUCCACCCCAUUACACCCCACAGCUCUCCACCCCCCCCCCCCCCCCCACCGACCAGACCACUGCUCACAUAACCACGACGAAUAGAGACUACAGUAUUUUAAAACAUGUAGAGGACACUAUCUAGCCCUGCCGGCUGGACUGAAGCAGUGUGUAUCUCUCUGAUGCGGAGGCGAGGGACUUCAGAGAGAGGAUGCAGACACAACACGUAGCACAUGCUUCAGGCUAAGAGAACUGUGGGGGGAGGAGUAGAGAGUGCGUCUCAGUGUCUUCCUUUCAUGAAGGGAUGGCUUGUUUUUUUUUGUUUUUUUCUUUUUCUUGGGUUCAAGAUUGGAAGGCGGAUGAUCAUGUGGGUUGUGUAUUUUUGUCUGUCUGAACUCUUUCAGCACAGGAGUGUCUGUACCGACAUAUUUAUGCACUAGUGUAGUCUAUUCUCUGGUCCAAUAUAUUUCACUCAGCAGUGUUUUUUAUAAGAGGUAACCGUGCUGAAAAUAGCUACUGAUAUAUUUAUACUCAUGUUAUAAGUGACCACUACCAGUGCAGGUAGUGAUAAGUAUCAGGGUAUUCUAUUUUAUUUGAAAAAUACUUCAAUGGUGUUGUUACAUAUCAGUCAUAACGGUGUCCAUAUUAGAAAUUAUAUUAAUGUUUUAUUUAUAUCAAGUCUGUAGAGAAAUCUCCAGACCCACAGUCUUCAUUAUAUUUUGUAACAUUUUGAGGGUUAAUACUUUUACGUUUAUUUGACACAUACUUACAUGUUUUUUCCAGGAAGAUAUUUACAUGUUAUUAAUCAUGAACAAUUUGUGUUUUAUUAUUUUUUGUUUCAGAAAUCAUUAUGUUUACUUUAUCCCCAGCUGAGAGAGAAUGAGAGACAAAAUGAAUGAUAGUAUGAAUUAAUCAUUUUGGGGAUUGCUGAUAAGCUAACUGAUAUGUCACCUCCCCUAAACACUGGACAGAAAUGGCACAUGUUAGCAUUUAUUCUCAUACACAUCUAAUGCGCCGUAACUUGUGCAAUGAUAAGCAGUGAUACAUACUAAUUAGUAUAGAUGAAAAUAAAUCAACAAUACUGACUAAUGAAUAUGAAAACAGCAAAGUUGUCAAAGAGGAAACAAUGAACUCUGCAAAUAAUAGAGGUAAUCAUCAUCUUUUGCACACAGCCCUUUUGUGUGUAGCAAUUGUCAGGUGUAUCACCAGAAACGGACCAAGAUGACUGUAAACUUUAUUGUGUCUCUUUUCCCCUGUCCUAGUCAUUUCACACAUUUACUCUCAAUACUGUAGAUACAAAGCCUAAUAUAUUGGUCAUAUGGUCACAUCCUUUCCAACUAUAUGUAAAGCUCAUAUUUAAAAUAUUAAUGAUUUAUUUAUUGACUUGAACAUUUUUACAAUUCCAUCACAAACCAAUUUGGGCAUGUACGUGUGCUGAGCGAUUGUGUAUGUCUGUAUUUGUGUGAGUGUCUGUGUGUGUGUGUGUGUGUGUGUGUGUGUGUGUGUGUGCACAUGCGCGUGUGUAUGUGUGUUUGUGUGUGUGCGUGAAUGUAUGUGUGUGUGUGUAUUUUUGUUGUUUGCCCCUCCGUGAUCUCCAUCUGCUUCUAGAUCUGUUAAUGUGGUGGAUCUAUCACUGGGAAAGAGUAUAGUAUAGCAGCCCCCACUCCAAGCACUGUGAAAGAAAUACUGUUGAAAUGCUGCUAGAUAUCUCUGGCUGUUAUCACAUGCAGAUCCAAGUAGUGUUGCCCUUGCUGCCUGAUCAUUGCAUCUGAUUCAUCAUUGCAAGAAGAAAUCAUGAAUACAUUACUGUGUAUGAAGAAUUGAAUGGAGGAGACAUGAAAAUGAAGUUGGGGGGUUGUAUUUGAAAAGGGGUUGUGGGAGGAAAUUAUUUUUUGAUCCUGUAAAACAAAUGUGCCAAGACAUGUUACUGUCCUGACAGUUAUCAUUAUUUUGUAAGUAAAUGUAAUAUACAUAGUAAUAACAUUAAAUAAAAACAAGUAUGUACAAA